AUGACAACCGGAUCGAACGAUUUCUACUAUUCAAACAAAUACGAGGACGAUGAGUACGAGUAUCGACAUGUUCACGUCACCAAGGAUAUUGCCAAAUUGAUUCCAAAAAAUCGACUCAUGUCGGAGACUGAGUGGAGAAGUCUCGGAAUUCAGCAGUCUCCAGGAUGGAUUCACUACAUGAUUCACGGACCAGAGCGUCACGUUCUUCUCUUCCGCAGAGCUCUCGAAAAAGCAACAACAUCGAAGACGGGAGUGCGUGGUGGUGGAAAUCCUGUUGGAGUUCGCUAG